CUCACCGGAAGGAACUCAUAAUGGGAUGUGGACCAUCGAAUGCUGCUGUGCCGGUGACGGGCGAAGGUGUUUCGACCAUCUCCAAACUCGUUUAUCCACGCCCCGAAGCAUUUGAAAUUCCUCUCGGUGAUUCAGACAACCCAGAGAGCCUUAUAAAGAAGCAUCCACCCCGUCGCUUGAAACGCCUCGAAGAACAAUCCAGCUCGACACCAAGCAUAGAGGAUUUAGAGGAAAAGUUGGCCACCGCCGAAUCACGAAGGCAACAGUUUCUAGCAAACCGUUCCCAGAAAACAACCUUCGACAAGGCUAGCCUGGAUGCGACGGAUAACGACGCCAGCACGAUACCGGAGGAAGGCGAAGACGACCGGUCGACCGACGGAACGCGAACGAACGAGCAAGAUGGGGACGAUUCCGGUGUCGAACGGUCCGCUCCACCGGAUGGAAGUGGCCGACGGUCGGCCUCGGAAACGGAGGACGACGAGCGGCAGGCGGAGCAGUACGAUCGACGAAGGCGCGGAUCGGAUCUUAGCAUCGGGCAUCUGACCAGCAUGCGGAUGAAGAUGAAUCAGUACAGGAAAAAGUCCCACCACUAG